GCUCAAUGUCAGUUAGAUCUGAAAUUAUAUAAUUAUGGAUAUAAACUUUAAAUUCCACCUACAAACACCGCUUCAACAGACAGUUUAACUGAACGUCCAUUCAUCAUAUACUCAUUCCACUUUACCCACAUUUUGUAGUAUUUUAAGGGUCCAUGCGGCAUCUGCAGCUGCACCCAUCUUGAAUCUAUAUUAAGUAUGUGUGUUGAACAUAUAUAAAAAGGACGAAUCACUUGGUUUGACUGUCAGUUAACUGAAGAAAAAGGCAAGAAAAUAUAUUGAAGACCACCAAUAAAACAGCAAGAUGACGUUCAAGGUAUAAUCUAUAUAACUUAGCUUUCUCAAAUUGUUAUCUUUUGAUCAAUUUUUUUCUUAUUUUGCUAACUCACUGCCAUGCAUGCUGUUUAACAAAAUGUAAUGUUGCUUGUACAAUGUUUAAUGAAGAUUUUGAGUUUUGUUUUGACUGUCUAUGUAACGAUUUCUUUGUCCAAAUCAGUGACUGUUGUCUACGCAGUUAUAAUAUGUCUGCUUAAAUUGCUUGAUCAUGAAAUAACUAAGAGAUUGGCAUAUCAAAUCGGAAUUGAAUACUUUUAAACUUGGUCUUGGUCCAAAAUGUUGUUUUUAAACUUAAACGCUUUUCAAGCUUGCGAGUUACGGUCAAUUACAAUAAAAGUAUGCAGAUUUUUCUGGGAGUAAAGACUAUAAAAGAAUAUCUUGUAUUAUAUGAUGGAGAUGUACAAACAGUUUAAAAAGAGUUCUAUUUGUGUAUUUGUUCAUAUAUACGUUCCAAUAUACUUUUUUCACGAAAACAUUGCAACUUUUCUGAAAAAGAGAAAUAGAACAGUAGAGCAAAUCAAAUGUAAAUGAUUCUUGCAGGAGUAAACGCAAAUUUGUGGCACAAAUCGAGGUAGUGUUUUGCUUGUUCGCGAAAUCAACAUUUCGCGUCAAGAAGAGCUUUAAGCAUCUUUAUGCAGUACGUUAAAAAGUUCAUUUUCUGCACUAAGAACUUUUAAACUCUAUAAAAAACCGUUAAAAUCUUACAUAAAGAAAAACAGAAGAUGCAUGCAAUCAGAUAAGACAAGGAAAAGUGCUAAUAUUGAUAAGAAAAAAUCGUGUAUUAAGCACAGAAGACAACAAGAAAAUGCCAGAAUGUAAGAAAAAUCUGACUAUGAUUCCGAGAGUUUUAGGGCCAAAGAAAUUCUUUACAUAUCCAUGCACAAUUCUCACGCAAAAAUGAAAGAAAUCGUGCACUUCUUAAAGGAACAAAUUUCUUUUUAAAGUUUGUUCGUUCACUGCAACCAGGUAUAUCAAUCAUGUUCCGCUCGCUACUCUGGUUUAAAUAAAUGAUUACAAAGCCCAGUCGAAUUGUAAUCAUGCAAGACCCAACGUUUCGACACUCCAGUCUAGUGUCUUCAUCAGGGGUGAUCUAACGAUUCAAUCGUAGCUUCUUAUAUACCCAAGGGAUGACGUCACCUGCCAAUGAGAUGCAUGUAUUCCUCUGGCAAAUAGGCACCGUCAUCUCUAUUCAAAACAUGAUUACUCAUAUUUAUGUGCCACGCUUCUAGGCAAAGUCUUUGACCAUAGCGAUUGUUUGUGGUAAUUACUUUAGAGUUUUGCCACGCAAUCUCGUGUUUGGUGUAUCAUACAUGUUCGGCUAAAGCUGAUUUUCUCUUGUCUAAAGUUGAAAGAAGCCUUUUGAUAUUCUUUUAUCCGUAUACCAAACUGGCGUUUAGACUGACCCAAAUACUCUUUCUCGCAGUCACCGCAUGGUAUAGAAUAUACAAAGCUUGGAUUACAAACCCUAAGAACAGCAUUAAAAUAUAGAAUAUACAGCAUGAGUUUUCUGAUUUGUUUUAACAGGAUCUUUUGGCUUUGCGAAAAUAUGGCCUAAAGUCAAAUAGGGUUUUAAGGCAACCUUAAUAUUAUGAUUACUUAAGAUUAUCUUGAUUGGUUCUGUGACACCUUGAAUGUAUGGAACUAUUGCAUAACCCUUAACAGAGGUUUCACCCUUGGAGUUAUUUUGGUUCCCACAAACAGAUGAUCUCAGGCAAUCAUUAAGAAAACGUUUUGGGUAAUUGUUUUCCCCUAAAACAUUUAGAACAUAUUUACGUUCAGUAGCUUGGGAAUCACUGUUUGACGGCAAGGAUUCAGCUCUUUGAAGCAACAAGGGAAAAUCAGCUUUAGCCGAACAUGUAUGUUACACCAAACACGAGAUUGCGUGGGAAAACUCUAAAGUAAUUACCACAAACAAUCGCUAUGGUCAAAGACUUUGCCUAGAAGGAUGGCAUAUAAAUAUGAGUAAUCAUGCUGAAUAGGGAUGAGGGUGCCUAUUUGCCAGAGGAAUACAUGCAUCUCAUUGGCAGGUGACGUCAUCCCUUGGGAAUAUAAGAUAAGCCACGAUUGCAUCAUUAGAUCACCCCUGAUGAAGACACUAGACUGGAGUGUCGAAACGUUGGGUCUUGAUUACAAUUCGACUGGGCUUUGUAAUCAUUUUUUUAAACCAGAGUAGCGAGCGAAACAUCAACAAAUUUCUUGUUAAUUUAAUUUGCAUCAACUCGUCAAGUAAUUGUAUUAUCCUUAUUUUUGAACAUAAUCAAUAUUUUCGAAUUUCCAAUUGUGAGGGAAAACGAAAUAUUGGUAAGAAAAUUUGCGUAGCAUUUAAACUAAAUAUAAGUUAAGAAAUGUUUCACCUUCAGUUCCUUAUUUCAUCUCAAGUGCUUUGUCUCCAGAAUUAUAGGUGGCCGGACAUUUUGCCGAAUGACACUUUGACGAAAGACCGAUUUUGCCGAAAGACAUUUUGCCGACGGAGAUUUUGCCGAACGGACGUUUUGCCGAACGAACAUUUUGCCAAACGGACAUUUUACCGAACGGACUGUUUGCCGAAAAUAGAGAUAAUCUUCUGAACUUUAUAAUUAGGUUCGCUUAUACACGGUCAAAAUUUCUGUGAUUAAAGUCAUUGUCGAUUUUGAUGACAGAAACUAUGAUAGUGAAGUAUAUAUAGUUUCGUUUUAUAUAUUCUUUCAAGUUUUUCACAAGUUUACCGAAAUUUCGCGAUAAAAGGAAUAACGGCAUCAUUCAACAUCAUUGAUGAAUGCGAUUUCCACCUAAAUUAAUUUCAUUAAUUCCAAAUUGCUUAUAAAUUAUAACGUUUUUGUUUAUAGAUAUUUCUGCUCGUUGUUGCAUGCUUCAUCUUUGCAGAUGCACGAAAAUAUGACAACUUCGAUUGGGAUGAAUACAGGUAUUUUAUGAUUAGGAAAUCCAGUAUAAUAGUAGAUAUUUCUGCUCGUUGUUGCAUGCACGCUUCAUCUUUGCAGUAACCUGCGAUCAGGCCUAUAAAUAAAUAAAUAGGCCUGAUACAAAUCUUAACAAAUGUCCAUGUUUUUACAACCGUAUUUCGGUUGUAAAUCUGAUUGGUUUAUGAGACAAAAGAUUUUUUAAUUUGUCAUUUGAUUGAUUGGUGCUAAUUACAUUAUAUAUUGUCGUUGAUAUAUUUAUAGUGAUCACAACUAUAAUUAGAUUGUUGUUGUCGUUGUGUGAAAUUUAAAUUUCUCCUGCGACAUUUUGAUUGGAUAUUAAAUAUAAACUUUGCUGUGGGUGGAAAGCGAUCGGAUUAAGGAUUGUGUCAGGCUAUUAUUUGUAAAAUAGAGCCUGAUCGCAGGUUAUCUUUGCAGAUGCACGAAAAUAUGACAACUCCGUUUGGGAUGAUUACUGGUAUUUUAUGAUUAGGAAAUCCAGUUUAAUAGUGUAAACUUGUUUGUGUGAACAGUGACUUUUAAGGCCGAGUUCACGCGUCAAACUUUCCAUGCGCCAAAUAAAAUGUGAUUAUGAGUUCAAAUAAUGAGUUCAGGGGUCAUUUGUUCGAAAGCCGGUUAGCUUAAUCCUAGGCCAGUUAACAAUAAACUUCCAUGCGAACCUCUCAACAGCUUGUGUGUAAGCUUGGAAAGAAUUUCCCAGUAAUCUUGUCUGCAUCAAUUGGAAUUUUAUAUUCUGAAGUUUUGAAAAUUAACGUGCGUUCAAAAAUACACAGAGCAAAGCAACGAGUUAAAUUUAAUCCUGAAUUAUAGAUAUAAUCAAGGUUUGAAGAACCAGGCUCAGGUCUUUUACAAUUAGGUUCGUUACAACGUCACGCUAAAAAAGCAUGCACUCCUGAUUGCCAGCUUGACUUUGAGAGUUUUCAUACAAUCGGCCUCGGUAUUUUUUGCUCUGGUGUGAGGGGAACUUGAACGAAACAGUUUAAGGAAAAAUAUUAAAUUUCCUGGAGAAUGGUAACCAUUAUUUAGAAAGGUUUGGAUUGAGAGAGAUAGAACUAUGCCUAAAAAUACAAGGAGAAAUUCGACGUUUCGAGCGAAGGCCAUUUCGAGCGUAUGGAAGUUACUCGAAACGUCGAGGUUCUGGUUGUAUAUUUUUCAGGUAGUUGUGCACCUAUCAAUCCGAAGUUUUUUACUAUUGGCUCCACCUACACUGGUACAAACCGAUCAAGUACUUUUUAAAUACCCAUGUCGCCAUGCAGUGCAUGCAGUACUUCACUUAUAGACUAUCUAUAUGUAUCCUAUCGAUUGGAGAUCUUUCACUUGAUUGGUGUGGAUUAGUGUGCUUUUCCCAACUCAAGUUAUCACAAUAGUUCUACAAAACGGUUUGAAAUGUUGGCUGUGUAACGCGUAUGUAAAACUCCCCAACUAAAAAGCAGGUUUAGACUAAUCAUCACUUCAAUGUUUUGAGGUAUCUAUCUAUAAACAAUGUUUAACUUAUAAACAUGGCACCUACCUUUACCUAUACCUCUAAUUAACAGAGACCUUCAACUGACAAAGCGUGAAGGACAGGAUGAAUUCGAAAUACCUGAGAGAAACGUUUUUAGGCAGCCAUUUGGGCAGUGAAGUAUUUCACUGUUUAGACUAUAUAUCGUAUUGAUUACAGAUCUUUUGGAUUGGUGUGGGUUAGGGUUAUAGGGUUAGGCUAUGUUUAGGAUCUUCUUUCCAAGUUUAUCACAAUAAGUAAGCAACGGUUCGGAGUGUUGGCUGUACGUAACGUGUAUGUAAAAAAGCGAAAAGCUGGUUAGGCUACAUAAAUUAUUACUUUACUUUUUUUGAGGUAUUUAUCAUUUAUGUACAAACAACAUUUAACUUAAAAAUAACACUUCUCUUUCAACAGAAACCUUGAACUGCCAAAGCGCUAUCAACAGAACGGUUCUUUUGAUAUGUGUCACGUAACAGAUAAAUCAAUGAUAAUGAAAGCUAGAAUUGCCAAUGGCGAAAUUAAGUUACGAUAUUACAAUGGAAAUGCGAAAUGUGUGCCCAAAAACAAGACGAUUAAAUUGAAAACAAGUCGUCGGUUUGAAUGCAGACCAAUAAAGCACGAGAUAAUUUCAGGAUCGAACACACAAAACAAGACAAUUAUAAUUGUAGGUUGUAAAGUUGUCAUCUUCAACUAG